ACUGCAUGUUAUAUUAUUGCCAACCUCGCUCCGACGACCCUUGAACGUGAGACACUCUACAGAGGGAAUCCUGUGCAGGUUUCCACCUCGAAACCUGUCCCCAGAACCUAGUGUUCUUAUCGAGCUAUCCUACUUUUGUUGCAUUCCACCAUUAGUGUCCUCGACCGGAAAAUUGCUGGUUCUUGUCACCCGCAAUGGAACGCUAGCGAGCGUGUAUGGGUCUCGCGACUGUGUUGGUCAAGGCUCCUUUUUCAAUCAGAUCCCAAAUAUUACUAGUUCUCCUUGAUGCCAUUGCCACCGGAUUCCUUUUCCUCUUUGUUGUAUCUCAGUGUUUGGUGCGCCCGUCCCUGGUUUGACCUCGCGCGUCCGUGACACCUCCCUACGCCGCGAAAGUCAGAGUUUGACUAUGCCGGCCAAGGUGACGUCCCAGAAAACUCCUGGGGGCGGACCGUCAUCGCGUAGGAUUCCGUCGAAGACAACCAGUCCAUCUCGAAAUGACGAAUCGAGCUCAGGGAGCUUCAAGCAUCCCUUCUCCUCACCAUACAAACGGAAUUCCGGGGUCAGGGACAAGCGCGGUGAACAAAAGAAGCCUAUCGAUUCGCGACCAGAAGGUGCCACAGGGUCCACGGCCACAGGAGCCCUCGCGAAGAAGGUAUUCAGCGUUCUCUUCACUUCGAACCCGUCCAGCACCUUCCUACACUCCGGAAAUUCUUCCAUCAGUUCCACAAAUGACUCUAUCCACAGCAACAGUUCGCGUUUCAGUUAUCGAUCUACCAAUAUGGGAAACCAGCAGAAUGCCGACGAUGACCGUGCUUCGUCGGGUAGUGCCGAUUUUCUCGCGCCGAUCAGUUUCGAUGACUUUCACAACAGUAUAAUGGGCGAUCCGGCAUUAAAUCAGUUUCCCGUUCCUGGUAAUAGACAAACUGGGUCUGCUCUGCGUGUUACGGAUUUCCACCCAACAAAUCCUUGGACGCACUGGAGGAACGAUGAUGGCGCAGCUCGAAGGGCUCGAAGUGGCUCUUUUCGACAAAAAGACGAAUUCGUUCGAUUUCCUAGUCACAAUCCCACGUCAGGUGCGAUACCGUCUAUUCCUGCAGCUGCAUCUUCUACCACCAGACCCCGCCGUCAAAGUCUUGCCCGUGAUUCUACAAUGGACAGUUCACGGAAGUCCAUUGGUCCGGGGUCUCUUCCGUUCUCAAUCGCCUCUGCGAGGAGGGCUAGUUUGACAGCGCGGAAGGCCAGUGCGGACGCGACUCAGACUGAACAAACAACUGUGCACGUCCGUCCGAGGACGCAGCAUCUUGAACCCAAUGGAAGGCUAGAAAGCAAGUCUUUCGCCAGUCUCAGGAACCUCAAAGCCAAGUCAUUCCAACCACCAGCGAAAGAACAUCGGGAGAAUUUCCUGGCAACGCCUCGUCCAGAGUAUUCACGGUCUUCUUCCACCGAUGCGCUUCAAACACCUGCCAGGGAUGCAUCUGGACAGACUCCAGCCUCUUCAUCUUCCGGCAGAAGGUUUUCAAUUGUCCCGCCACGUGCGACGGGGCUUGGUGCUCGUACGAUCAGCCCAACUGAUGCACGGCGCAUGAAGCGUUUAUCUAUGGCGCCUCAGGCGCCUCCCAUUCCCCGUACUCCUACUCGGACCGAGCCCAUACUUCCUCGUCCCAGGUCGUGUGCCCAGUCACCAUGCUAUAUUCCGCGAAAAAGUGCGACGCCGUCUUCAACUCGGGCAACGCCUGAUCCGAACCGGAAGUCACAUAAUUCAGGCAGCUUAUCAUCAACGCCAGGACACAAUGUGGUGCGGAGCGCCGUUCUCCAAUCAAAAUUGCCGCAAAACAUUUCGGCUUCGCGGAUUCCAACACCCAAACCUCGUGUGGAGAGUACCAGUGUGUCCGGUGAAGAAGAAGUUCCGCCUGUGCCUGCGAUUCCAAAAGCCUACGGGUCUCCUAAGAGCGGAGUUGAGCCGUCACCUAACUCUACUUCUCAUAAGGGAAGCUUACCUACAGACGUCGAUCAUGUGAAACCCAAGCUUGAUUCAAAUUUUGAAGCCUUAGACGAACCUCCAAACGUCACUAUCAGACGGGGAAUUAAAACCCCCACUUCCAGUACUGUUAACAAAAAGAAUCUACAGCCGCUAAAACUACCCCCGUUGAAUUUGUUGCCACUUAGCACGCCAAUGGCAACCAAGAUCGAGUCAUUAAAAGAGCGACACACUGACGAACUGAGGUCAUACACACCUACAACACAGCUGGUUGCGAAGACCCCCAGCACUCCUCUGACUGCUUCCAAGGCGAACUUUUUCGCAAUCCAUAAUGACGACGAACUACCUGUCCCUCAAGCUAGGAGCAGUACCUCUCACUUCCUGCCGAACUCGGCCUCAACACCAGUACGAGCCCUCAGCAGCUCUAGCGGCCUUAGGUCCUCCGACUUGUCAAAUACGGGAGCUGUUUCCCCUUAUUCCUCUUCGUUGCCUAAGAAGCAUAGUGGUGAAUAUAACAACCUCCAUCCAUACCCUAGUGGGGAUCAUUCGCAGAAGUCCUUGCAGCCGUCAAAGUUGGCUGGGUCCCGCCCUCAGACUCAAGCUUCAGCCCUUUCGCCUAGUGCCGAGAGGCUUAGUCAAAUAUCAACACCUUCUGAGACCGACACUAACAGUGUCUCCGGUGUCUCUUUACGGAACCAGAUAUCCUUGACUUGGACUCGCCGGAGUUCAAAAGCGCAAACUGCAGCAGAGGCAAAUGUUAACCAUGCUAAACAUAGUCACGCUCCACCUAAAACCCCUUCGUCUGGUAAUCUGGAUCCUCUGUCAACAGUCAAACAAAUCAGUCCUACUCCAAAGCUGGUCUACACUCGAAACAAGCCAGUCCUUUCCAGUUCAAAGAAUCCAGCGGGCGAGGAAUCUACAUUUUUGAAAGAGCAAAACCUUUCCUUGCGGCGCACAGUUUCAAAUGAACCCGCAGGGCUUGACCGAACUCCAGGUCGUUCUGCUUCGUCUAUCCUAUCUCCUGUCCACAGAAUCAUUAGCUCUGCAAAGUUAUCUGCGGGAGUUAGUCCACGCUCGUCAACUCAGAACAUAGAAGAUGUCGAUUUCCUGGCCGACGAGGAAAUGAGGAGGCUGAACAGCAAACGGAAAGACUUUGAAGAUAGCGCAAGAAAACUGGACGAAUUACGCCGCAAAGCAGGACCAAAGGAUCGAGUCAGUCCAGCACAGGCCCUAAAGAUGGCAAAUCUCAACAUAUUCGAACGUGGGGAAAUUAUUGACUUCAAGGACAUCUACUUUUGUGGUACUCAGAGUGCUAAGAAACAUGUCGGUGAUCUUAAUGCACAGUCGGCGAAUUUUGGCUACGAUGAUGAUAGAGGUGAUUAUAACAUUGUGAUCGGGGAUCAUCUAGCAUACCGUUAUGAAGUCCUUGAAGUUUUGGGCAAAGGAAGCUUUGGGCAAGUGGUGAAAUGUGUCGAUCAUAAGACGGGCGGUUUGGUCGCUGUUAAGAUCAUCCGCAACAAAAAGAGAUUCCACCAACAAGCUUUGGUGGAAGUCAACCUCCUCCAGAAACUGAAGGAAUGGGAUCCACAUAAUCAUCAUAGCGUCGUCAAUUUCACCCAGAGCUUUUACUUUAGGGGCCAUCUCUGUAUCUCGACGGAGCUUCUGGGGAUAAAUCUCUAUGAAUUCAUCAAGGCUCAUGACUUCAAGGGCUUCUCCUUGAAUCUUAUACGUCGUUUCACGAAGCAGAUACUUAGCAGCUUGGUCCUCCUACGAAGUAAGAAGGUAAUACACUGCGACUUGAAACCAGAGAACAUUCUUCUGGUCCACCCGAUGUCAUCUGAAAUCAAGGUGAUCGAUUUCGGGUCCAGUUGCUUUGAGAACGAGAAGGUUUACACGUAUAUCCAAAGUCGAUUUUAUCGUUCUCCCGAAGUCAUCCUUGGCAUGUCAUACGGAAUGCCGAUUGAUAUGUGGAGUCUAGGCUGCAUCUUGGCCGAGCUCUACACCGGCUAUCCGAUAUUCCCUGGUGAGAAUGAGCAAGAGCAGCUUGCCUGUAUUAUGGAGGUUUUUGGUCCUCCCGAAAAACAUCUGAUCGAGAAGAGCUCUCGGAAAAAGCUUUUCUUUGAUUCAUUGGGGAAGCCGAGAAUUACAGUCUCGUCGAAGGGAAGACGACGCAGGCCAAGCUCCAAAGACCUCAAGCAGGCUCUGAAAUGUGACAAUGAACCCUUCUUAGACUUCAUCAGCCGUUGCCUGAGAUGGGACCCGGCCCGCCGAUUGAAUCCCAUUGAUGCCAUGAACCAUGAGUUUAUUACGGGCAUCAAAGCACCUCCCCGCCCAAGACAUACAUCAGUCAAGCGAAUAAACACCAUGUCGACCCCAUCCCGCCCUCUACCAGAGCCACCUGGGACGAAUCAAAAGAACAGCAACGUUGCAAGAGGCCGAGAAGUCUCAGGCAGCGCUAAUACGAGGACACCCCAUGCGAAGCGUCACUCGACGGUUAGUGGGUUGCCAACAUCCACGCCUAACCAGCGAUCAAACACCACCUCUAAUUCCAGGACGGUCCUUCCGCGCGUUGCGGCGCGGAGCAUCAGUGGAAAGCCUGACCUUGGGACCGCAUCCACAACGACGAGUAUGAAGACAAAAUAAUGCGUGCGACGUACCUCCUUUCUUUCCUUUUUAUUCCUCUUACCGACUUGUAAUAUAUUAAUCUCGAUUCUUCACGUUCCUUCGUUCUUAUGUUUUUUGUCGCUUGUUAUUAUAUUGCAUAGACAGCUUGGGAUAUCUCAUUUUUGCAUCAUGAUCACUGAAACGAAACAGAUUCGGGUGGGAUAGAGAGGUCAAUGACAAAGCAGGAGGAUUCGUCUCUUUAUACACCCCUUCUUUAACGCGUCGAGCUGCUUUCUCUUUGGGUGAUUCUUUCUACAUCCCGUGCCUCGUUAUGACUUCGAGUUGAUUGAAUCCUUCUGUACUUGCGUCUUUCUCUCUUUCCAUUCACGUCGUUUUUUGAAUCAUUACUGUAUACUUAAUGUCGGUUUUCAUGCAGCGGGUAUAAGGGUUAUGUCAAUAAUCUGGAUGCGCAUUUAUAUACUCAUUUUGCCGUCCUUCAGUUCCAUUCUCUAUAUCGUCUUUCAUUAUCUUUUCUCCUCGUUUUCCUUCUAUUUGUUCCUUGGGAUUGUGGGAAGUGAUAUUUAUGAACGGAACCGCCGGCGUUUCCUGGGGGGAUGGGUUGGCAAUUUCAAAAUGAACAUGCAGCGAUCCGUCCGUGCAGGUAUAUAAGCUGCUCUCCUCUUUGUAAUAUUAAUGAGUUCUUU